GAUAAUAAUAAAUGGACUCGGCAUUCGGAUUAGCAGGAAAAGACUUUGUUAUUUUAGUUACAGAUAGUGCAGUUGCAUAUUCUAUUGUAAAACUUAAGAAUACUGAAGAUAAAAUUGUAAAUUUAGAUGAAAACAAAUUAAUGGCAAUGAGUGGAGAAUCAGCAUAUCGACUUUAAUUUAGUGAUUAUAUUGCUAGAAAUAUAGCUCUUUUCAAAUACAGAAACGGAACACCAUUGAAUACUUAAGAAUGUGCGUCUUUUAUAAGAUCAGAAUUAGCUUAUGGAAUAAGGAAUGGCCCUUAUAUGGUAAAUUGUUUAAUUGCUGGUUUUGAUUAUGAUUAACCUUAAUUAUAUUGGGUUGAUUAUAUGGGCACACUUUAAAAAAGCGUAAAAGCAGCUCAUGGAUAUGCUGCUCAUUUUGUUUUAAGUACACUUGAUAAUUUUUAUAAACCAGAAUUAACAUUAUAAGAAGGAAUCGAAAUUAUGAAAAAAUGUGUUCAUGAAUUAAAAACUAGAUUUUUAAUUUCCUAACAAAACUUUGUUUGUAAAAUUGUUACUAAGGAAGGAUUUUAAGUCUAUGAUUUAGAAAAAUGAAAUAUUUAUUUAUAUAAAAAUUCCAAAUAAUAAGAGAAAU